CCAAGUGACAGCACGCGAGCGAGCGAGCCCUCUGCAGUGUUCGCAAAAGCGUCCAUGGACUGUCCGACGACGACGGCGGGUCAGUGUUUGUGCCGUGCCAAAUCUCUGGAGGAUUGAUGCGCCUGCACGUGGUGCCGCCCUCGUACCUCACCGGGGUCGCAGCCUUGAGUCGCCUCUUCACUUCGCCCAUGAUGAUGCAGACCCCCAACUGCAGCAGCGACAACUCGUCAUCCCCGGGGCCGCACAGCCCCGAAGUCCCCAGCACGGCCGAGGAAUCGGACAGGCGGAAAAAAUUGCAGUUCGUUUCGAAGACUGCUUUGUCUGAAGAUGAGGAGGAGGAAGAAGACGAGGAGGAUGAAAUUAGUGUGGGGUGUCCGUCGCCGCGGCCCGAGGAAGAUCUCCGAACGGCCCCUGUUUCUUCUUCCUGUGACGAGGAUGAUUAUUUCAAACCGUUGAAAAGACUCAAAAUGAUGCAGCUGGAGCAGGAAAGGCUUCAGCAGCAGCAACAACAAUUAUUGUCACCACCGCCGGCCACGGCCUUUUCACCGUCUGUAUUUCUGCAGGCGGCGGCCAAAAGUCUGCAGCAACAGCAGCCGCCGCAGGGCGUCAAGUCCUUCUCGAUCCUGGACAUCCUGAGUCACCACCCUUCGCGCAAACAGGACGCCGCGAGUCGCAUCGUCCGGCCGUGGGACCUCGGCUCGCCGCCGCCCUCCUCCACCACCUCCAGCGGCCGCCUCCGGAGGCCGCAAUCGGCCGACUCUUCCAGUUCGAUUGCCGACAGCGAGGACCUCAGCCCGGCGGCGACGCCUUCGUCCGGCACCUCCUCUGGUCACCACCAGCAGCGCCGACCGGCGGCCACAGCCUCGGCUAAGAACAACAACUCGCCGCUCGACGCGCUCUUCCAGAUGACCAGCAAGACUUUCAAUGACUUCAAUGGCAGUAAUGAUGGUGACGGCAGUUCGAGCCACCUAAACCUUUUCAACUCGCGGCAGCAGCCGAAGAAGAAGCGCAAGUCGCGGACGGCGUUCACCAACCACCAGAUCUUUGAGCUGGAAAAGCGGUUCCUGUACCAGAAGUACCUGUCGCCGGCCGACCGCGACGAGAUUGCGCUGCAACUGGGCCUGAGCAACGCGCAGGUCAUCACGUGGUUCCAAAACCGGCGGGCCAAACUGAAGCGCGACCUCGAGGAGCUGAAGAAGGACGUCGAGUCGGCCAAAAUCCUCACGGCGCACAAGUCCUUCCUCGAGAACGUCCAAGACCUGGGCCUGCUGAAGAAGAAGGUCGAGGAGUGCAAGAGUGCGGCGGCCGCGGCCGCCGUCAUGGCCGCGGCCGUCGCCGCCUCGAACGCCGAGAAGUGAGUCCCGCCGCCGUUCGGAGCCAAAUGAAUGAAAUGCUCUCUCUGUGAAUUUAAAUUUAGCCGGACUAUAUAUUUUUUGUUGAGUUUUAUAUUGUUGACUUAAGCGGACGCUCCUGAUCAAUUUUUAAAGUGCUGCUGUUAUAAUUUAUUUCCUGAGUGAAUUUGUCACGCGACUCUGAAGCGAAUUUCAAAUUUAAAAUUGUUCUAAAUUUGAUUAAAAUUGAUUUUUUUAAUUCAAAAAAGUUCAUGGAAUAAAAGCACAAUCUUCAAAAUAUAAUUUUUAGGAAUUAUGUGCUUAUCUCACCCUCGAAAUUUAAAAAAAAUCUUUAUAAAGAAGAAAAAAAUGUGAUUUAAAAUCGUUAUAAGAACUCUAAAUGGCUCAGAUUUGUAUCUGAUGAAGGAUUUUUUUUUAAUUUUUUUUUAUGCCAAUGUGUUAAGCUUUUCAGCUAUUCAUUUUUCUUGCAAUCCAGUAAAGUUGGGAUUCAAUUUCAAAUUUUUUUAAGUGAUUAAUUUUUUCAACUGCUAUCAUUUCUCUAACUUUUCUUUCACUCGGAAACUAAUAAAUAAAAAUCAACUUUUUAGAUUUAAGCUUCAGAGUUGUGUUUGAUUGAAGAAAAACGUGUGUUUGAGUGAGACUGCUGAAAUUUGCACGGGCACAAAAUGCAUAAAUAUCCACACUCCACAAGUAUAUAUCUCUCUCUAUCUGUCUCUGAUUAAGCGCAAAAAUGUAAAUUAUUGAAUUAUAUAAAUGUGUGGCCGUCAAAUGGAAAUGCGAUAUUACUUUUAAAUAGCUAAAUCUGCCUGUAGAAUAUUUAUUAAAACAUUGGAGACCACCUGAGAAUGAGACAAAGUGCAUGCGAAAAUGAGAAAUUGAGCAAAAUACACACCACCUCAUACUUUAUUAUUAUAAAUAAAUAGCGCUGAAUUUCCUACUAUUGAAUAAAGAUUACUUGAAGCUUACGUCGAUGUAUGAAAGAUAAUUUUUUUUCCAAUAUAUUAUAUCAAGUUAGGAUAAUGAUUGUUGUGAAUAUAAAAUAUAAACUCAUUGUCUCGCGCCUGAAGCUUUUGUCCGUGUAAUUUGUUGUUGUACUCGUAAGAUUAAUAUGAGAUUAUAUAGCAAAAAUAUGUGUCAUCCUUUGAAUAAAUAUAGACGGAGAAAAUUAUUGCUGAAAUUGUAUAUCGUACCAUAGUAAGAAAUGAGAAAUGCGAUAUAUGAAUUGAAAAUGUACAGUAUAUAAAUUGAGAAAAAUGCGAAAUAUAGAUGUUACACCAAG